UUCCAGAAGCGAUUUGCCCAUGGAUCCGGCAGAUCAAUCGCCGCUGUUUAGUCCAGGCUCGCAGCUGGUGAUGGCAUGCAGCCAAGACCAUCGAGAUCAUCAACAAGUCAGACUCAAUCAGUUUUUCUCCAUGCCGAGGUUGGGCAACGUGAAGGGAAUGUGGUUCGUCACCGACCAGACCUGAGCAGACCAGGUGGCACUGAUGAAACAAGGCUGCAUGAUGACACCCUCUGGUUGGAGGAUGAACGCAGAAAAUUGCUGUUUGAUGUUCAAGCCGCACAGCAGGCACAUGCUGCGCUUGAGGCAGACGUGAAAUGCUUGCACAAGGAGCUUGAGCAACAGCGCGCCGAGACCAACGAGCAAACCCGGCAGCUGCGGGAGCUCUUGGAACAGCAACGCCGCGAGGGCGCACAUUUGGAACUACAGAUUCUAAAAGCCCAGAUCGGUUCGUCUGACAAAACCGACGAAGUGAAAGAAGUGAAACACGAGGUGGAAGCAAAGGUCCGUGAAAUCAUGAAGGCCGUGAAGCUUCUCUCUGACCAGCAUCGAAGUGCCUUUCAGCAGGUGGCACAGUCGACCUCCGACAUACUACGUGCUUGCUCAUCCCGCGCUCCAGUGGCUAGUGGGAAUGAUCUCCUGUCCAGGACCAAAGGCAUGGAACUGGCUGGUCCUCCAGUUGCUCCACCUGUCUCCAAGCCCCGACAGACCUCCGAGGAGAGCCAUGGCGAACUUCCCUGGUUCCAAGCGAUGAAGGCCAACUUGGAGGAGUAUGGAGAUGUGGAGGUAUUCCUGGACCAUCAAGCGCAAGAAUGCAUGAGCUGCUGCCAAGUCAUCGAAGCUUCGUAUCGGGCGAAACCGCGAAAGUGCAAUCACGUGUUCCACGUGGAAUGCCUGCUGCAUUGCUGGAGCGAAGGUACAUGCCCUGUCUGUGCCACAUCCUUCGCGCCAGAGGUACAACGACCUCCUGGAACCUCGAUAUCUCCCAAAGUCGCCUUCACGUGACGGACGCGGAGCGGGACGAUGCAGUGGCUGGAUGCGGAGCUCGCCGAUGCGGCGGAAAAA